GAGCCCCCCUCCGCCUCAACAGCCAAAUGACGCUCACUCACUAACCCGGAAACAGCGGCAGCAAAUCGCUUUUCUUCUCCUUUGAGCCCCUGCCGCUGGCUUCUAGCGUGGUAUCCAGACGGCUCCCGUGUUUCUGUACGAGCAUCAAGAGGCUGACCUCUGCUGGAGGACUGUGACCCGGGGCCACCUGCCAGGCCAGGCCUCCCUGCUCCUGUCUGACAGUCACACACUGCUGGUAUCGUAACAUGGGGAACCUACUGAAAGUUUUGACGUGCACAGAUCUGGAACAGGAGCCCAAUUUUUUCCUCGAUUUUGAGAAUGCCCAGCCCACAGAUGCAGAGCGGGAAGUGUGGGAGCAGGUGGAUGUGGUGCUGAAGGAUGCGAAGGGCAUCCUGGAUGAGCUCCAGGCGUACAAGGGGGCAGGCCAGGAGAUCAGAGAGGCGAUCCAAAACCCAAAUGAUGAGGCGUUACAGGAGCAGGCGUGGGCAGCUGUGGUUCCCUUGGUGGGGAAACUGAAAAAGUUCUACGAGUUCUCCCAGAGAUUAGAAGCAGCGCUGCACAGCCUCCUCAGAGCUCUGACCAGCGAGACUUAUGACGAUCCGACUCAGCACCUGGAGCGGGAGCAGGCGCUGGCCAAGCAGUUCGCAGAGAUCCUCCACUUCACCCUGCGCUUCGACGAGCUGAAAAUGACAAAUCCUGCCAUUCAGAAUGACUUCAGCUACUACAGGAGGACCCUGAGCCGCAUGCGGAUCAACAACGUACCGGCAGAAGGUGAGAACGAAGUUAAUAACGAACUGGCUAAUCGGAUAUCCCUGUUCUACGCCGACGCCACGCCCAUGCUGAAGACAUUAAGUGAUGGCACGACGAAGUUUGUGUCUGAGAACAAGAACCUUCCAAUUGAGAACACAACAGACUGCCUAAGCACAAUGGCCAGUGUAUGUAAAGUCAUGUUGGAAACGCCGGAAUAUCGCAGCCGUUUCACCAGUGAGGAAACGGUGUCGUUCUGUCUCCGGGUCAUGGUAGGAGUCAUCAUCCUGUAUGACUACGUCCAUCCUGUCGGAGCAUUCGCCAAGUCCUCCAAAAUUGACAUGAAAGGCUGCAUCAAAGUCCUCAAAGAUCAGCCUCCGAACAGUGUAGAAGGCCUUCUCAACGCUCUCAGGUACACAACUAAGCAUCUGAACGAUGAAUCAACCAACAAGACUAUCAAGAGCAUGCUGCAGUAGGACUGAGCUGCUACCACUGUUUGCCUCACAGCCUGCUGGGGGGACGCCACUCUCCUGACUGAUGUCGCUGCACAGAAUGUCUUUGCUUUUUUUUUUUUAAUUAUUAUUUUAUUUUUAACAGAAAAAGAGCUACAGCUCCGCCCUCUUUUCUAACGCAAAAUGCUACUGCCAUUAUGAACGUCUUUUUCUGUGCCAAAAAGAUGUUGCUGAGAUGUAAUGUUUUCGAAAAAGGCCACGAAAACGGUGGCCGCUACUGAAAGCAUUGUGGAUACUCUGGUGUUUUUAAGCAUUUUUUGUUUUUCCCUAUAUAAGGGACGGGAGUGCUUUGACUUGAAAUUUUAAAAGAGAGAAAUAUAUAGAGAAGUAUAUAUUAUUUUUGUUUGAUUCAUUAUUUAAUAUUACAUCCUCUGCAUGAUGAAAACGAUGUCUUUCCUCUAUUUAAAAAAACCCUCAUGGUUCAGUUUAAUUUGUCUGCUCAAUUGUGCAUUAAAUGUUUUGUUAUUGAAAUGGUACUUGUCAAUAUGAGAUUAAGAGUACUGUUUUUAUAUUUUUUAUAGGUUUAAUUUGUGCAUAAUGUCUUUUUUCAUAGUUGUGUUGUAUUUUUCAUUUGAACUUUAAACUGUGAUGUGUGCAAAUCAAAUUUAAAAAAUUGGGAGUCUACUGUAAAUGGACAGUAUGUUGUGGCUGGAGAAAUUAAAAAGAGAACUCUUGUUUUCUACAA